ACAUAUUUAAACGAAGUUAAAACCUCUACGCCUCCUCUUCUUUGGAGCCAAUUUUCCAUUUUCGAACGCUCCCAGUCUUCAUCUCCCUCCCUCAGAACUCAAAACACCCUCAGAUCCCUUCCAAAGCUUCAACAGGUAGUUUGUCUGCAAAUCAAUGGAUGAGUACCCAAGUUAGAUCUGAAGUGAUACUCUCAGUUUUGACCAUAAAAAACGAGAUAUCCAGGACAUUAGGCUACUCAAUUCAAGUUUGUUGUGCUAGUCCCUCAAAUUAAUGGUGAACUCUAGCCUCGACAACAAUGCACUGGGUGACAGUGUGGUUAAUUCACCUAUCUCUCAUAAACAAUCAACAUUAAGAAUGAAAAAGGUGGCAUUGCGAGAUGUGCAGAAUGAUAAUAGGAUCUAUAUGCCUAAUCAUCCUGAAAAUUCUUGUAAUCUAGGACGGCAAGUUGGGGAUCUUAUUAAGGUUACUGGAACUAAGAUAGUCACCCCUGAGCGUCCUCGGAGCUCCCCUUGCCACCAGUUCUCGAACAUCAGUGGUUUAUGUGAGCAAGCACUAGGCAAGAGAAGAAUUCAAGACGUGACAGACCAAAGUGCUGAUUGUCUCAAUUCCAAACGACAUUUACAGAAGCAGGCAGGUGUAACUGAUGACAGAACCAAGAAGCAGGAGAAUGAGAGUCCUUGUGCACCUUCAUUUGCACCAAACUUUUUGACUUCUCCCAUUUCCUUUUCACCUGGUAAACCACCAGUUCCACUUUUUCUUGGGAAGUCUAGUAAUGCGUCGCCAGGUGCUCGUUCCAGGCACCUUAAAUUUACUCCUGAUCGUAUGGUUUCUAACUUGGUUGAUCCUAAGAGGAACAAUGAUGAGAACAGGACAGAGCGGUUUCUAUGUCUGCAGAAUCUCUUGAAGCUCAUUGAUGAGUCUAAUCAGGGUGAAUAUAUCCAGAUGCUUCGUUGUUUAUCAUCAUCUGAGCUUAACAGACAUGCUGUUGAGCUAGAGAAACGAUCAAUGCUGCUAUCAGUCGAGGAAGCAAAAGAGAUCCAAAGGAUGAAGGCUCUAAAUAUUUUGGUCAAGUCCCCAAUGACAAGCAAUUCCCCAUUGACAGUUGAGCAAGUUCAAUCCAAGAAGUGAAAAGCAAUUACAACAUUUUUUGGGUGCCGUUGUUUUAACUUUAGUGAUGACCAGGUGAUUUAAUGAAACCUGUCACAUUGAGGAAUCGAUGCUGUGUCUUCUACUGUAAUAUGCCCCUCCCUUGCUGUUUCUCAAUUGCAGCAAUGCAAUAGGUAGUCUGUUACCAGAUUUUUAUCUCCAUUCAUUUAAGCUAAAACCCCUGAACUUCUUGUGGUUACAUAUAACUUUAAUUUUCCCUUUUGUUGGGUGCCUUUCCUAUGCAUUUUUGUUUUACCACAGCAGAGGUUAUAAUUUCAGUACCUUGUUUAUCCAACAUUGACCAAGUUAUUUGGUGUCUAACAAAAUUAAAUAAUAAAACUAUUUUGGACCA